CUUUGGGGUCAUGAGGUCACUCGUGUCGUAUCGCUUGAGUUUAGCCUUCGGUUUAGAAGUUCGGUUAGAGUUCAUGGAUUGAUGUAUGUGUGGUGUGGCAACACUGGAGCUCCUGUAUCACACACACGUGGUUCCGUGAUCAUUAAACAGUUAACGCUUUAUCGUAAAUUAUUCACUGUAUCGCUUGUCGUGCCGGGUGUCGUAAAGCGGGUACUGUGUGCGCUACUAUUUCCCGGCCAGCGUUAGGAAGUUACGGUAACAAAACAUCACCGUUUUCCGUCAAUGAAGCCUUAAAAUGUGCUUGACAAAGAAAAGUGGAAAAUGUUGCCUUGUGCUUGAAGAUGGGACUGUUCUGCCUGGAGAAUCUUUCGGCGCAGAAGUUCAAGCAGAUGGAGAAAUAGUGUUUCAGACGGGCAUGGUGGGUUACCCAGAGUCCCUGACCGACCCUUCAUACCAUGCCCAAAUACUGGUGCUCACCUACCCGCUUAUUGGGAACUAUGGCGUUCCUGGGGACGAAACAGACGAGCACGGCCUGCCUUGCUGGUUCGAGUCGCGGCGGGUGUGGGCGGCGGGCCUGGUGGUGGGAGAGCACUGCGACACUCCCAGCCACUGGCGGCACAGGCGCACGCUGUCGGAGUGGCUGCGGCAGCAUGGGGUCCCGGGCAUCCACGGAGUGGACACCCGCGCGCUCACCAAGCGGCUCCGCGAGAAGGGCUCCAUGCUGGGACGCAUCGUGCAGGUGGCGGUGGAUCCGCAGCUGUCUGCCCUCUCCCUCGAAGACCCCAACAGCCGUAACCUGGUGGCGGAGGUGUCCAUAAAGUCUGCGGUGACGUACAACCCACACGGCUCGCCGCGCGUGUGCGUGGUGGACUGCGGCCUCAAGUACAACCAGCUGCGCUGCCUGCUUCAACGCGGAGCGAGGGUGGACGUGGUGCCCUGGGACCACCCCCUGGACGAGGAGGAGUGUGACGCCAUCUUCGUGAGCAACGGCCCCGGCAACCCUGCUCUGUGUCGCCCCACCAUCGACAACCUGCGCCGCGCCGUGUCGAGCGACCGCAAGAGGCCCAUCUUCGGGAUCUGCCUUGGACACCAGCUGCUGGCCACCGCCAUCGGCUGCACCACUUAUAAAAUGAAGUUUGGAAACCGCGGACACAAUCAGCCGUGCACCCACUAUGAUACCGGACGUUGCUUCAUGACGUCGCAGAACCAUGGCUUUGCAGUGGACGUUUCGUAUUUGCCAAAGGGUUGGCUGCCCUUGUUCAAAAAUGCCAACGACCGCACCAAUGAAGGUCUUGUCCACACCUCCUUACCCUACUUCAGCGUGCAGUUCCACCCGGAGCACAUGGCGGGGCCCCAGGACCUGGAGUGCCUGUUCGACGUGUUCCUGGACCUGGCCCGCGGCACGACCGCCACGGUGCCCGCUCUGCUGGGCGAGCGCCUGGCGCCCACGCCCGCCCCGCCCCCUCCCUCCGUCCUGCUCCCCAGGAAGGUGCUGAUCCUGGGGUCGGGCGGGCUGUCCAUCGGCCAGGCGGGGGAGUUCGACUACUCCGGCUCCCAGGCCAUCAAGGCGCUGCACGAGGAGCGGAUUAAGACGGUGCUCAUCAACCCCAACAUUGCGACCGUGCAGACCAGCAAGGGUCUGGCCGAUAAGGUGUACUUCCUGCCGCUGGUGCCCGAGUACGUGGAGCAGGUCAUAGUUUUGGAGAGACCAGAUGGUGUUUUACUAACCUUUGGAGGUCAGACAGCAUUGAACUGUGGCAUCAAGCUUGAACGGUCUGGUGUCUUUGAAAAGUACAAUGUCCGAGUCCUGGGCACCCCAAUACGCUCCAUCGUAGAUACAGAAGAUAGAAGAAUAUUUGCGGAGCGCAUUCAAGAAAUAGGGGAAAAUGUAGCCCCGAGUGCUGCUGUACAUUCAGUGCAAGAGGCGCUGGAAGCUGCGGAGAAGCUGGAGUACCCGGUGAUGCUGCGGGCCGCCUUCUCGCUGGGUGGCUUGGGCUCGGGCUUCGCCAACAACCGCGAGGAACUGCGCUGCCUGGCACAGCAGGCGCUGGCCCACUCCGGCCAGCUCAUCAUCGACAAGUCUCUGCGUGGCUGGAAGGAGGUGGAGUACGAGGUGGUUCGGGACGCCUGCGACAACUGCAUCACCGUGUGCAACAUGGAAAAUGUGGAUCCGUUGGGAAUCCACACAGGGGAGUCCAUAGUUGUGGCACCGAGCCAGACACUGUCCAACAGGGAGUAUAACCAGCUGCGCUCGACAGCCAUUAAGGUGAUCAGGCAUUUCGGAGUGGUUGGCGAAUGCAACAUACAGUACGCCUGCAAUCCCAACUCCGAGCAGUACUACAUCAUAGAGGUGAACGCUCGCUUGUCUCGGAGCUCUGCUCUUGCCAGCAAGGCGACUGGCUAUCCCCUCGCGUACGUUGCGGCGAAGCUGGCUUUGGGCUUGUCCCUGCUAACGGUCGAGAACACAGUGACGGGGACCACCAGGGCUUGCUUCGAGCCGAGUCUCGACUACUGCGUCGUGAAGAUUCCUCGCUGGGACCUCAGCAAGUUCUCCAGGGUCAGCACAAAGAUAGGUAGCUCAAUGAAGAGUGUUGGUGAAGUAAUGGCAAUCGGUCGGAAGUUUGAAGAAGCAUUUCAGAAAGCCCUUCGCAUGGUGGAUGAAAAUGUGUUGGGAUUUGAUCCAUAUGCGAAGAAGAGUUCUGAAGAAGAGUUGGAAACCCCAACUGACAAAAGGAUGUUUGUGCUGGCAGCUGCGUUGCGCGAAGGUUGCAGCAUUGAUCGGCUGUACGAGCUGACCAAGAUAGACCGUUGGUUCCUGCAUAAAAUGAAAAAUAUUAUUGACUUUCAGAUGCAGCUGGAGGAAGUGGACCAGCUCCAGUUGUCGUACGAGCAGCUGCUGCGAGCCAAGCAGCUCGGCUUCUCCGAUAAGCAGAUAGGCACAUUUGUGAAGAGCACUGAACUGUACAUACGCAACACCAGGCAGGAGAGCGGAAUCAUCCCAUAUGUGAAGCAAAUAGACACAGUAGCUGCUGAGUGGCCUGCAUCAACCAACUAUCUCUAUUUGACGUACAAUGGCUCAGUCCACGACAUUGCAUUUCCUGGUGGGCACAUCAUGGUCUUGGGGUCGGGCGUGUAUCGCAUCGGUAGCUCCGUGGAGUUUGACUGGUGCGCUGUGGGCUGCCUGAGGGAACUGCGCCGGCUCGGCAGGAAGACCAUCAUGGUGAACUACAACCCUGAGACCGUCAGCACCGACUACGAUAUGAGCGACAGGCUCUACUUCGAAGAGAUCUCUUUUGAGGUGGUGAUGGACAUCUACAACGCGGAGAACCCAGAGGGCGUGAUCCUGUGCAUGGGCGGCCAGCUGCCCAACAACAUCGCCAUGGACCUGCAUCGCCAGCAGGCUCGCAUCCUCGGCACGUCGCCUGAGUCCGUGGAUGGCGCAGAGAACCGCUUCAAGUUCUCCCGCAUGCUGGACCGCAUAGGCAUAUCCCAGCCCAGGUGGAAAGAGCUGACAAACUUGAACUCUGCAAUUGAGUUCUGCACGGAAGUAGGGUAUCCUUGCCUCGUGCGGCCAUCGUAUGUGUUGAGUGGAGCAGCAAUGAAUGUGGCGCACACCAACCUGGAUCUGGAAACGUACCUUAAAUCUGCCAGCGAUGUCACCAAGGAGCAUCCUGUUGUCAUAUCGAAAUUUCUGCUUGAAGCGAAGGAGAUUGACGUGGAUGUGGUGGCCAAGGACGGCAAAAUUCUGUGCAUCGCCGUGUCUGAGCACGUGGAGAAUGCCGGUGUACACUCGGGUGACGCGACCUUGGUGACCCCGCCUCAGGACAUCAACCCUCAGACUCUCGUCAAAAUCGUUGGUAUUUCCCGUGCCAUUGCCGGCUCCCUCGAGGUCACCGGCCCGUUCAACAUGCAGCUCAUUGCCAAGGACAAUGAGCUGAAAGUCAUAGAGUGCAACGUUAGAGUGUCUCGCUCAUUCCCAUUCGUCUCAAAAACUUUGGAUUUUGACUUUGUGGCUCUGGCCACCCGUGCCGUUAUAGGGGAGAAAGCUGACCCUGUCGACGUGCUGAGAGGCUGUGGGAAGGUGGGCGUGAAGGUUCCCCAGUUCUCCUUCUCCCGACUCGCAGGGGCAGACGUAAUGCUUGGAGUGGAGAUGGCGUCAACGGGUGAGGUGGCUUGUUUUGGUGAGAACCGUUACGAGGCCUACCUAAAGGCAAUGAUGAGCACUGGCUUUCAGAUCCCAAAAAAAGCCAUCUUGCUGUCUGUUGGGAGUUUCAAGCACAAGAUGGAACUGCUGCCAAGUAUCAGCGCCCUACAGAAGAUGGGCUACAAGCUCUACGCCAGCAUGGGCACGGCUGACUUCUACACAGAGCACGGUGUCGACGUGGAGCCAGUGCAGUGGACCUUCGAGGAGCUGGACAGCCCGUCGGGCGAGCCGAGUCACCUUGCCGACUUCCUGGCCAAGAAGCACUUCGACCUGGUGAUCAACCUGCCCAUGAGGAACGGCGGGGCGCGCCGUGUGUCUUCCUUCAUGACACACGGCUACCGUACCCGACGCCUGGCCGUGGAUUACUGUGUGCCGCUCGUCACAGACGUCAAGUGUGCCAAGCUGCUCGUCGAGGCCCUGCGGAGGAUCGGGCGCGCGCCGGCCAUGAAGACGCACACGGACUGCAUGACGUCGCGCCAGCUGGUGAAGCUGCCGGGCUUCAUCGACGUGCACGUCCACCUUCGCGAGCCGGGGGCCACGCACAAGGAGGACUUCUCGUCCGGCACGGCCGCCGCGCUGGCCGGGGGCGUCACCAUGGUGCUGGCCAUGCCCAACACCAGCCCCGCCAUCACGGACCAUCACACCUUUGCCCUCUUCAAGGAGCUGGCACAGGCAGGUGCAAGGUGCGACUACGCCCUGUAUCUCGGCGCAUCUUCCGAGAACUAUGCCACUAUCACAGAUUUGGCGCCAGCGGCAGCAGGACUGAAGAUGUACCUAAAUGAGACAUACACAACCUUGCGGCUAAAUGACCUCUCUGUUUGGAGUAAGCACUUUGACUCAUGGCCCAAGAGGUACCCCCUGUGUGUUCACGCGGAGAGCCAGACAACGGCAGCUGUGUUACUGUUGGCAACCCUGCACAGUCGUCCCAUCCACAUCUGUCACGUCGCCCGUAAAGAAGAAAUACAGAUCAUUAGAGCAGCUAAGGAGAAGGGCCUGCCGGUGACGUGCGAGGUGUGCCCCCACCACCUGUUCCUCUCCCAGAAGGACCUGCCGCGGCUGGGCCACAAGAAGGGCAGCGUGCGGCCCGUGCUGGGCACGGACGAGGACCAGCAGGCCCUCUGGGACAACCUGGACAUCAUCGACGUGUUCGCCACCGACCACGCGCCCCACACGCUUGAGGAGAAGACCUCAGAGAAGGCCCCUCCAGGGUUCCCAGGACUGGAAACAAUACUGCCGCUGCUGCUGACGGCCGUGAAUGAAGGUCGCCUCACCAUGGAGGACCUGGUGGACCGGUUCCACCGCAACCCGCGCCGGAUCUUCGGGCUGCCGGAGCAGCCCGGCACGUACGUGGAGGUGGACCUGGACGAGGAGUGGGUGAUCCCCGAGGCCCCGGCCUACAGCAAGGCACGCUGGACCCCCUUCGCCGGCAUGAAGGUCCGCGGCGCCGUGCACCGGGUGGUGCUGCGCGGCGAGGUCGCCUUCAUCGAGGGACAGGUGCUGGUGGGGCCGGGCUUCGGGCAGGAUGUGCGGGAGUGGGCAGCGCGGCGGCCCCUGUUCGUGCCGGGCGUGGCUCAGGAGCUGAGCCGGCCGCCCUCCAGCCUGGAGUACCCCAUGACCCUGACCCCCGAGAACGUCGCCCCUCGCGAGGGCGACAGGCCAGAGCUGUGGGAGGGGGGCGACGCGGCCAUCCUCUCGGUCGCCGACGCGUACGGGAAGCUGGCUCCCGACGGCGGCAGCAAGGCAGGCGCCAGCCUGGACGUCCCCACCCUGGACUUCAUCAAGCUGCAGGCGGGGCCGCCGCGCUGCCUGUCGCCGCUGCCUGGGUUGGCGGGCCUGGCGGCUGGCACGCUGCCCAUCCCCUCGCACGGCCUGGCCGGCCAGCACGUGCUCGCCGUGCACAUGUUCAGCAAGGAGCAGCUCAACGACCUGUUCAACCUGGCGCAGACCCUGCGCGUGUUCGUGCAGAAGGACCGGCCGCUCGACUACGUGCUGCGGGGCAAGGUGAUGGCGUCCAUCUUUUACGAGGUGAGCACUCGCACUAGCUGCAGCUUCUCCGCGGCGAUGCAGCGGCUCGGAGGCCGCGUCGUUCACAUGGACGCCACCAGCUCCUCCGUCAAGAAGGGAGAGACUCUCGAAGACACAGUGGCCGUCAUGGCAAGCUACGCAGAUGUCGUCGUGUUGAGGCACCCACAGCCCGGAGCUGUCGCACGCGCCGCCUCGCACUGCCGCAAGCCCCUGAUCAACGCCGGGGACGGCGUCGGCGAGCACCCCACCCAGGCACUGCUGGACGUCUUCACCAUCCGCGAGGAGAUCGGAACCGUGAACGGCCUCACCAUAACCAUGGUGGGCGACCUGAAGCACGGCAGGACCGUCCACUCGCUGGCCAGGUUGCUGACGCUGUACAACGUGCAGAUACGGUACGUGAGUCCGCCAGAGCUGGGGGUCCCCAUGGACGUGGUGCAGUUUGUGGCCUCGAAGGGCAUUCCCCAGGAGAAAUUCACCAGCCUGGAGGCCGCCCUGCCGGAGACGGAUGUGCUGUACGUCACGCGCAUCCAGCGUGAGCGCUUCUCCUCGCAGAAAGACUACGACAAGGCGUGCGGGCUGUACGUGGUGACCCCACAGCUGAUGACGCGUGCCAAGCGCAGGAUGGUGGUGAUGCACCCUCUGCCACGAGUGUUCGAGAUCAGCCCGGAGCUGGACUCGGACCCGCGGGCCGCCUACUUCCGGCAGGCGGAGUGCGGCAUGUACGUGCGCAUGGCCUUGCUGGCGAUGGUGCUGACCAAGUAGCUCGUGUUCGCCGCAGACUGCAGUUCAACAUUCACAUGGACUGAUACACACAUCCACUUUUUAUAAUUUUACCAAAAGUUUUGUAAAAACUUGUGUACGGCGUUUGUCUGUUACAAUUCUUCCUGUUGUUCGCUAAAGACUGUAGUUUUAAGUUUAGCAUUUUUCACGUUUGUAUUAUUAUAGACUGAUACACAUACUUUAUUAAUUUUAUCAAUAAAUCAAACACUUAUAAUUUACACACACAAAUUUAGUUAAGUAAUUAGUACGUUGACUAUGAUUGGAGUCUUGAUUACGAUGGUAUUAACUGCUUUUAAUUUAAUAUUUAUAUGCUAUUUUAAUAUUUUACUGUAAUUUUAAUAAAAUUAUUUUAUUAGCUAGCCUUUAUUUGAGGUACUUUAAUUUUAUUACUUAUUUGACGAUCAGUAUCAGUAUUUGGUGAAGUGAAAACAGUAUAAAAAAUUUGCUCAUGCAGGGUCUUGCUUCACCUUUGAAACCCACCAAACUGACAUUGGUUCCUGAGUGCUUAUUUAACUUAUAACAUUCCACUGGAUAAUUGUAAUAACUUUUGUAUUGUUUUAAUCUGAAAUGAUAACUGUGAAUAAAUUGUUGAGAUAUUUUUA